AAACUCACCACCAACAAACAAGUCAUAAAUAUGAAGGCAGCCAGAGCUCCCACUUCACUAACUCAUUUUUCACUUGUUUUCCUCAGCUCAUUUCAUCUGCUCUUUUCAUUUUCAGCUGCCGAACAUUAUCCUGGUCAGGCAUUCAUUCAGUGCCUCAUCUUUCAAUCAAAUGACUCCAUUGCUAAUGUCGUCUACUCUCCUAACAAUGCUUCAUACGAACAAAUUUACGAAUUUUCGCUACGAAAUCCUCGGCUUAAUAACUCGAACCGGCUCCAGCCUCAAGUCAUUGUGACGCCAGUAUCCGAAUCUCAAGUCCAAGCUGUGGUUCGAUGCGCCCAACAGAACCACUUGAGGAUUCGGACUAGGAGCGGCGGCCAUGAUUUUGAGGGUCUUUCGUAUAGUAGCACGUAUGAUAUUCCGUUUGUGUUACUCGAUAUGAUUAAUCUUCGAAAUGUUAGUGUUAAUGCGACUGCUAGAACAGCCACGAUUGGCGCUGGUGCUACGCUGGGUGAAGUUUACUACUGGAUUUACAGAGCCAGUGGUACGCUUGCUUUCCCUGCUGGUGUCUGGUCUACUGUGGGUGCUACUGGACUUAUAUGUGGUGGCGGAUAUGGUGUGCUGCGUCGUAAAUAUGGUUUCGCUGCAGACAAUGUUCUGAACGUUCGGAUAGUCGAUGUUUAUGGAAAUAUUCUUGAUAGAGAAUCAAUGGGUGAGGAUCUUUUUUGGGCUUUAAGAGGUGGCGGCUGUUCUAGCUUCGGAGUUGUUUUGUCUUGGGAGCUGAAUCUAGUUGAAGUUCCGGAAACAGUUGCGAUUUUCAAUAUCUCUCGAACACUAGAACAGAACGCUACGCAAAUGAUUCUCCCGUUCCAAACAGUUGCGCGAAAUCUACCCGUUGAAGUUGAUCUCAGAGUCCUUAUGAGUACAACUAUAAGCAACACAAGUGUUCGACCAGAUAACAAAACAGUUCGGCUAUCAUUCACGAGUACAUAUCUCGGUCCAGCAGAUGAAUUAUAUAAAAUUAUUGAUAAAAAUUUACCGGAGAUAGGGUUAUUGAGGUCGGACAUUCAAGAUGUCAGUUGGAUUCAAGCAAUAAUGCAGGGCUCAUUUUUCCCACUAUUCGACGAAGCUCCCACUCCGGAAGAUUUGCUUGACAGAACAUUCUUAGCUGAUAUUCCUUUUAAAGGAAAAUCAGAUUUCGUGAGAGAACCUAUAUCUGAACAAGGCAUAAAUGGGCUGUGGGAUAAGCUUCUAGAAGUUGGACCAGGUGAAACAACUCUCGUCUUUACACCAUACGGAGGAGUUUUGGACGAGUACCUGGAAUCUGCGAUUCCAUUCCCGAAUAGGAAUGGAACAUUGUACAUGGUUUACAUGAGGGUGCUUUGGGUUGGGAACACAACACAGAAACUUGAAUGGAUUAGAAGCUUAUACGGAUACUUGAGGCCUUAUGUUUCGAGGAAUCCACGAAGGGCGUAUUAUAAUUAUAAUGAUCUUGAUCUGGGAAUGAACAAUGCAAGAGGUCCUAUCAAUUAUAUCACAGCCAGGAGAUGGGGAAGGUCCUACUUCAACAAUAAUUUUAUGAGACUGGUUGGCGUGAAGACGCGGGUUGAUCCUCUAAACUUCUUCAGGCACGAGCAAAGUAUCCCUCCCUUUUCGCUGGCUAUGGUCUCAGAUAUGUGAGUUGGAUGAUCAUACUGCCGCUUGAUUAUUAACUAAAUAAAACAUGCAUAUUAUUGAUACACAUAUAUUUGCUCUUGUUUGGUGUACGUGUCACAUUCGAUAUUCAAGAACAGUAAUUACACCGGGCC